AUUAUCCUAGUAGAGCGCCGUGACAGGCUGUACCUCCUUCGAUACGCUGGAGCCAAGGAAUUCAACAGCAGUGAAACAGUUACCGAUGCCCUCCAAAAUGUAGUUCUACAGCAUGCAGAUAUCUGCACCUUCAUCCGACAUCAUGAGGUGGAUGUUGAUGUUGACGUUCAGGGCAUUAUCUGCAAAACAGGUUCUUAAACACCAUUAGUGCAAUUUGCGUGCUCAUUGAGCGCCUCAAUUGACCUGAAUCGACCCUAUAAACUCUCUCCUGAAAGAAUCCAAAUCCCUCAAUUGGCUUGUUGUGGCUUGUGCACGGCAGGACACGGUAAAAAAACACAAGCAGAAAUGGGAUGACUGCAAAAGCCAAGUUAGACUGUGGCCGUAUUGUCAAGCUGCCCUUUGGCCACCUUGAAAAAAGAGUGCUUCCCAAGCAUCACCAUCAUCCACGGGAAAAGCUUGAACUUUUCCAGAAUCAGACAAUGGAAGCAAAGCAGAAGGUCAUUGAAGCAUACAUGCAUUGGGAGGCACCUAGGGUAAGAGCCCAGUCUCAAAAUACAACUAAAUAAAACCCUAGGUAAGACAGGAGAGAAGCCGGGUUGUGACAAAGUCUUUCUUAUAAGGGAACUCUUGUUGUGAGAUUCCUGUUUUGAACUAUCAUGCAGAUUCUCUACCCAACACAUGGAUAAUCAAAACUGGAAGCUCACUGAACAAUACCUGCUACGUCGCCGUGUGCCGCAGUGAAAAGAAGGGCCUAACCAGUAUUAAAAAUGAUUCAAUUGAAGCGCGACUACACCGAAGUGUUUUAUUUCAAACAUAGACAAGAUUGGUGAUCGCGGGACUAGUGGGCAGCACAUUGUAUUUUACAUUAAGCAGAGGUUUAUGCGGGAAGCGAUGAACAGGUAGAGAGAUGAGGCCAC